UUGGAACCGGGAACGAUCUGCUCCACAUGUUCAGAUUUUGACUGCUCGCUCGCUCGUAAUUCGUGUUAAUUUUUUAGUAGUAAAUAUAUUUUUCGGAAGUGUUAAAAUUUGAUAAAACCUUAUCAGCCAUGGGGCGGUCUUCUAAAGAUAAGCGCGACAUUUUCUACCGUUUGGCAAAAGAGGAAGGGUGGCGAGCUAGAAGUGCAUUUAAGCUUUUGCAAAUUCACGAACAAUUCGGAAUUUUGAACCAAGUUAGUCGUGCCGUGGACCUUUGCGCUGCUCCUGGAAGUUGGAGUCAAGUCUUGGCGCAAACCCUGAAGGGAAAGGAUGGUGCUGGGGGCGAGGGUCAAAUAGUUGCGGUUGACCUCCAAGCGAUGGCUCCCAUUCCGGGUGUGCAUAUUCUUCAAGGCGACAUCACUUCGGAGGCCACGGCGACACAGAUCAUCCAACUUUUAGGGAAUUCAAAGGCGGACAUUGUCGUUUGCGAUGGAGCCCCAGAUGUCACGGGCUUGCACCAUUUGGACGAAUAUCUUCAAGCCCAACUCCUCCUCAGCGCCCUUAAUAUUUCGACAUGCGUCCUCGCCCCGGGUGGCUCUUUUAUCGCGAAAAUGUUUCGCUCUUCCAAAGCCGGCGUGGAGGCGAUUCACUCUCGCGUCUCGAUAUUUUUUAAGGAUGUUGUCAUCGCCAAACCGAGAAGUAGUCGGGCCUCCUCGAUUGAAUCGUUCAUUGUCGCAAGGCAGUUUUCACUACCGCCAGAUUACACCCCUUCCCUAUCGGCGAUACCUUUCACGCCACAUCAACAAGGCGAAAAUGCGACAUACAAUGAAAAGCUGCUGAUUCCGUUCAUAACUUGCGGAGAUUUACGAGGGUGGGAUGGUGACACUUCGUAUCCGCUGCCAGAGGGGUAUUCCGUUCUUGAGCCGGUCCAAGGCCCAAUCUCUCCCGCGUACGAGGAGGCAGUUAAAAGACGUCGUGGUUAUCAAGCAGAACCAUCAUCGUCAUCAUCCACAUCCGUACUUCCCAAAUCUGAUCCCCCCACCGUGACUUCUACCAUGGACGUCACCCUAAAUUUCGGCGGUGGCGCAGAGCUUCUCGUCGGCGGAAAGAAACAACAAAUCAUCCCCCUACCAACUGGUUCAUCAAUAAAGAACCUCCUCGAGUGGAUGAUCAGUGAUCACGGAGUGGUCAAAGAACGCCCAGAACUCCUCAUUCUCAACGACGACGUCCGACCCGGAAUCCUCGUCCUUAUCAACGACACCGACUGGGAGUUAUGCGAUAAAACAGUGUACCUACUACAACCCGGGGAUGAAGUCACGUUUAUAUCCACACUGCAUGGAGGAUAAUAUAACACAACAAUCAAUAACAAUUUGACGCAAUCAAUUGAACAUCAUCAUGCAUGACUAAAAUAAAGUGCUUCCUCUUCUCCUAAAUA